GAGGACCAGUGUGAGGAGAGAGGGAGAGAGAGGCAGAUACAGAGGUCCACAGACAGCAGCGGCGUGCAGAGUGCAGCGUGCAGACUGGCCACUGACGCUGCUGUUGGAUUGAACACACAUGCGGACACACACACACCCCUGAGGAGUGUAUGAGACAUGCCCAGGCUGCUGUCCAUGGACACACACACACUGGCAGGGCACCAGAGAGGAAAUACAGCAAACCCCCGAGCCUGAGGAGCUAUGGAGAGCAGCAUGUUCUUUGGUAACACAUGUCAAAAUGGCCUCAUGCCUGCAUUGGUGCGUCCCACCCUGCCUGCUGUCCAGACCUCGCUGGCCAUGAAGCAGUUUCUACCUAUUCCUUUGGAUACAGCCUCAGCAGUCAGCCUCUUUCCAGGAUUCAACACAAUGGACCCGGUGCAGAAAGCCGUCCUCCAUCACACCCUCGGACUCCCUCCCACCGCCAAGAGGAAGCACGUCUCCUGCAGCGUUUGCCAGCUGAGGUUCAACUCACAGAGCCAGGCCCUGGCCCACUACAAGGGCACCAAACAUGCCAAGAAGCUAAAAGCCCUGGACGCCCCGAAGAGUAAGCUCAAAGGCUCAGUGGUCACCAAGGAAACCGCCAACCAGGAGAUGGCCAAGGGCAUCAACACCUCACAGGUCCCCAACAACACUGAGAGGAAAGAUGGCCUCCCUGGAACAGCGCCCCUAGCGCUUUCCCCCGUGCUCAGAACAGCACAACCCCUGGCAUCCUUGGCGACCCCUACCACGCCGACGCCAGCACCUGCGGCCUCGCUGACAGUGCCGAGCAGCACGGCGGCCGCAGCCCCGGAGACUACCUCAGCCGCUGGGGGAGACGAGGGGCACUCGAAGCUAAAUUCCCCGUCAGAACCCGACCUCCCGGAGCCCGACGCCGAACCCGAAGCGGAGACGGACGCAGAAACGGAGGAGGAGAAAGCUCGUCGGCUUCUCUACUGCUCCCUCUGCAAAGUGGCAGUCAACUCGGCGUCACAGCUGGAGGCUCACAAUAGCGGUACGAAGCACAAGACGAUGCUCGAGGCCAGGAGCGGCGUGGGAUCCAUCAAGUCUUUUCCUCGAGCAGGAGUCAAAAGCAAACUGGCUACAUCCUCCAAAUCAUCCACAGGCCUGCAGAACAAAACGUUUUACUGUGAGACAUGUGACGUACACGUCAACUCAGAGACUCAGCUAAAACAGCACAUCAGCAGCCGGCGUCAUAAAGACCGAGCAGCAGGUAAACCAGCCAAACCGAAAUAUAGCCCCUACAGCAAACCACAGAAAGGCCAGACCAAGCAGCCGGUGAGUCACUGCACACCUCGGUUAUCUUAUCAGCAACACGGGUCCAGACUGCUGCGUUACAAAGCAGCCAUCGGCAACUCUUUCACGCACCGCACGAACAGCGCCACUAAUCACACCCCGACCCCUGCGCUCUUUCAGACACAAACCCUGCCUGCUGCACUGCUCCGCCCAGCCCCCGGGCCUGUCAGGACCUCCCAUCCACAAGUCCUAUUUGCCCCUUAUUGACCCGUUCGACCCAGCUGGAGCUACUCUGCCUCUGCUCAAGGAACUGACCGUACGGGUCACCCAGACCAGACCAGGAGUGCUUUCGGCAAACGUACUCCUUCUAUGCAUCCCGAAUACUGAACAUCAUCGUGUCAUCAUCGGACCUGUACUGUUUCUCGCCUCUCCUCAUGUGGAUUAACCUCCAUUCAGAGCAUCGGGUGCUUUCUCAUGCUGGAUUUAUUUCUCUAAUCUCACUGGACUUUACAUGCUUUCUGUGCCAUCCUGCUGCCCACGGCUCAUGCCUAGACCCCGGACUUGAACCUACAUUGUACCGCAAUAAUAUAUAAGACUAACCCCGUGAACUAUGCAGUGUCAUUAUUUCAUGAAGCGAGGCGCCGUUUGAGCUAAAAUAUGGUGGGGAUAUGCUUUCUGUAAAGAUGCAGCGUGGCACUUAGAUCACUGCUUUGGUGGAGGAUUGUUGUCACUCAUAAUUUAAAAGGUUGUUACAAAUUGUAAGAGUGAGCAAAGCCCUCCUCUGUUCCUGUAUGCACUUUAAGCCCCUCCUCCGUUGAUGUCUACAUUAGAUGGUUAGACUAUGUUAGAUGGUUAGUAUAUGUUGUACUGUGUGUUUUUUGUAUCCGUUCUUGCAUAAGUGUGUGUGUGUGCGUGUGUGUGUGUGCGUGCGUGUGAGAAAGAGAGAGAGAAAGCUUUCCAUCCACCAUAAGCCAUCCCAGUCGAUAUCCAGCACACGUUGUCACUGACCAUGUCUCGGGCCAGAGGGACCACAAAGGCUUGUCUGUGUUAACUGUCAAUGUGUAAAAGGUGAACAGUUUCAAAUAAAAGAGCCCUAAUUUGUUAA